AUGAUAAGAAAAGCAGUAAAAGGGAGUGUGAUAGCAAACCUCCUAGCUGAGAACCCAAUCGAUGAUUAUGAAGCCCUAGAUUUUGAAUUCCCAGACGAAUAUAUUAAUGAAGUGGGCAAUGAUGCUGAGGGUCCAAAUGAUGUAUGGGAAAUGUAUUUUGAUGGAGCAGUAAAUUUAGCUAGUAAUGGGAUUGGAGCAGUGCUUGUUGCCCUAGAUGGGAGACAUUUCCCAAUAGCUGUUAAGCUAAGGUUCGACUGCACAAACAACAUAGUGGAGUAUGAAGCCUACGUGAGUGGCUUACAAGCGUCCAUUGAAAUGAAGAUAAAGAAAUUAGAGGUGUAUAGAGAUUCAGCUUUGAUCAUUUACCAAGUCAAAGGGGAAUGGCAAACUAAAGACCCAAAACUAAUCCUGUAUCAAAAAUAUCUCCCUGAACUAAUUAAGAAAUUUAAGGAGAUUUCUUUCACUCACUUGAGUCAAGACAAGAACCAUUUGCUGACGCCUUAG